UAAAAAACAUAGUAUGUUCGCCUGCGCCCAUAAUUCCAGACUGCGCUGUUGUCUGGAAGGAAACUCAUUUGUUUGCGAUCGCGAUAGAAAACCGGGUUUGACGAACGUAAAAAACAAAAAUAACCGAAAGAAAGAAGGAUCACUCGAGGACAGAAGCUAAAGUAUCUCAUUGUUACACAAAUUUAUCGAUCUAUUUUGUCUUGCACAGUAAGGGGUUCCUUUCUGGAGGUACUAAACACGAGGUUUAGGGGUGAGCUGUUCCGAUUUGAAUUAAUCGCGUGCAAGGGUCUGUAGCAAUCUGGAAGGAAUUCUCUGGAUCUGCAAUCAGAGCAAGAUUUUCUUCUCAGGAUUAAUGUAUGUAUAUUAAGAUGUACAAAUGUUUAGGUCUUGAAUCUCAUUAUUUCCACGAGUAAGCAGUUUACUUUCUACCAUUCUCACAGGUCGCGCGUUGUAUAUGUCCGGUUGAAUUAAUGACUAAACAAUUGUCCGCUGUGUCUAGAGAAGUUGCUAAUCCGGGAUCAGACGAUAAGUGCAUUUAGCUCUCUAUCCGACAAUACCAUAAAAGAUUGUCUAUUCGAAGCGUUGAGAUUGCAUUAAUGUAUUUACUCUGAAUUAUUCGUUCAACGUGGCGCGAAAUUAGAGCAGGAGAACACGCAUGCGCCGAUAUCGAGGUUGUAUAUAUAUUGUUUUGAACUGCGAGUCAGCGAUCGAGCGUUUUAGUUUAAUUUUCAGUCGUGUAUCAAUGUUGUUCUACGCUUCUUAAUUAAUGUCUGUUUUAGCUGCACAAUGUCCGAACUUCGAAGGAGGAGAGGGGGUCAAGGAAAGGACAAAAAUCGGCAUUCAUUCCAUUCCAACGGGAGCACGAAAGGGCAGCAGACAGAACAUACAAAGGAAGGCGGAGUACAUUGGUUUAGUUUGGCCAAUUUUCUUGUGGGAGCAACAGUCGCCUUGAUUGUGGGAGUGAAAUAUGCUUUAUAUGUACGAGAACUCCACGAGAAUGAUAUGUGGUUUUCCAAUAUUGGUCAAAUAGAAAGAGAAAUAUCCUUCAGGACAGAAUCUGGAUUAUAUUUUUCAUAUUAUAAGCAGAUAGUAUUAGCGCCAUCUCUUUUUCAAGGUAUUUAUGAUGUUAUGCAUGACAACAGAACAGAGCAUCUGAGGACUAUUAACAUAUUAGAGAGAUUCAAUAUUUAUCAGGAAGUUAUCCUGGCAGCACUGUACAGAAUUUUACCUAUACAGGAAUCAGUAGAAUACGUUUACUUUUAUAUUGAUACUGUCUUUGGCUUACAUGGAAUGUACAUGGUGUCUUUGUUUGCAUCAUCAUGGAUACUGAGCGGUUCAUGGCUUGCUGGACUCCUUUCAGCAUGUCUCUAUAUUUUUAACAAGGAUGAUACUACAAGAAUAUCUUUUACUAUUCCCCUUCGUGAGAGUUUUGGAUUUCCAUUCCUAUUUGCACAGAUAGCAUUUAUAACCUUCUUCUUCAAGAAAAAUGUGUCUUCCCUUGCUCAGGUACAUUUUGUUGUAAUUGUAUUCAUUAUAAGUUUAGGGAGGCAUGGUGGCCUCAUGGUUAAUGCGCUAGCUCGGAGCCUGUACUUGAUUGUGAUUGGCUCUCUGAUUGGAGUAUGCAUCCUGCAGUUUGUCAAUGACAUGAUCCUUUGUUCUCUUGCGCUGAGUUUUGCUGUUGCUUCCGUUGCUCUCAUGACUUUUCAUGGUGACAGAAAAACAAAGGAUAGUUUCCUUGUUAGAGUAUUUAAACUGGGCCUCAAUGUGAUUGCUGUCUUACUUUUGGCCGGAGGAAUCAGCUUUCUUAUUAAGGUUCUUAUGAGAAUAGAAUCAGAUGAACACAUCUUUAAGUUUCUCAAGGCAAAGUUUGGUUAUGGCAUUGGAAGGGAUUUCGAUUCGCUAUUGUAUCUUUGUGAAGGAGCAUUUAAAUUCCUUCCCACGGAUGUGUACGGAAGGCUGACCACUGGUGUCGUGUUUCCAUGCUAUGUGGUGUCACUGGUAGCUGUUUUGACUCUGCUGGCUUAUACAGUGUUUGCCAACUGGAGGAAGAACGAAGAAACUACAGAAGAGGCCACUCCUCUUUUCUUGAACUCUCACGCUGAAGUAGUGUAUCAAGCCAUACAAAGCGUGUUCUUUGGUGUUCUGGCCAUGUCUACGCUCCGCUUCAAGUUUCUUUGGACGCCGCACAUGUGCUUGUUUGCUGCUGGCGUAUUUUGUAAUCAAUCUUUCUGGAAAGCAGUGCUAAACAAGAUAGGAAUCAAACAAAUAUACGCAAAAAUCAUGGGUCAUGCAGUUCCUGCGAUGCUCCUUGGUCUUUUACUAUUCAAUCGUCUCCCGAAAGCGUUGAAAGACCUCGAAGAGCUGAGAGAAUUCUACGAUCCUGACACUGUGGAGCUAAUGACAUGGAUAAAUGAAAAUACGUCUCCUGAUGCUUCAUUCACGGGGAGCAUGCAGCUACUCGCGGGCGUGAAGUUGUGUACAGACAGACAUACCACAAAUCACCCACAUUACGAAAACAAAUUCCUUAGAGAAAGAACGAAACAGGUUUAUCAAAUUUACGCCCAUCAGGACACUGAAAUGUUCCAAACUUUAUCGAGCAGAGGGAAUGCAACUAAACGUUCUUCUGUCGCGUCGGCAAUCACAAAUACGGAUUAACCUGUAAGCGCAGUUCCUGGCGACUCGAUGUCCUUUAUGCGGCUUUCCUUACCGGGCCACAAGGGCCGCCGGAUUUUCUCGUGGUUUUCAACUUUUUUACCCUUCCUCUCAAAACUUAUGUAAUGUGUUAAUAAGGCCUUUUUUGUUAGUACUUUUUGUGAUUGGUUGCCGGCUGUCUUCGGGCUUCCCCGGCCCUGUUAGCUCAAAGCGGUUAAUGGUUAGGGCUGGUCAGGGUUGAAAUAACCCUGAAACUGAGUCGAACAAACAAAACUGAAUUCAAAGUGUCCGUUCGCUCAGAUUUGCUGAGCAUUUGUCUAUACAAGUCAGCGGGAGAAGUAGAAAGGUGUGGGAAAAUUGAGGGUAGUGGUAGUCAAGGUAACGCUUUUAGUGUUUUUGUUUUGCUUGUUACCUGAGACUUAAUGCUUCAAAAAGGUCAGUUCUCCUUUUUUGUGAGAUUUUUCUCCUCUGAGUCAUUUCCUGUACCCCUUGCAGUUAGUUCAGUCGUAGUCAACUAGCCUGAGUAUCAGGAAGGCCUGAAGCUAGGGUUACACAUCAUUAGCAUUUUAUGGCGUCAUGUAAUGCUGAGAUGCGAAUUAACUAACGGAAUUGUCGGUAUCAAAGAUUUGCGUCGGGAUGUCAUCAAAGCCCUUAGCUGGUAAACGGCUUUUGACUUUUUUCCUCUCUCAAAUAUUUUAUUUGUAAAAUGCGAUGAAUUCUUUGAGUGCAGGCUGAGACAUAUUGCAGACGUUUACUUUUUUUGUUUGUUGAACUACACUGACACAGAAUUGUGAUGAAGGAGAAGGAAGUAGUGAACAACUUUGAGUCAUCGAGACACGAGCGCCACCUUGCCUGUCUUACAAUAAUACUUGUAGAGAGGAAGUGAGUUUUUCUCUGAUGUAACAGACACCGCUUCUCUGCACUUGCUCGAAAAAAGGAGACAUUUCAGUUUACCGAAAGCAACUUAACAGACAAGAGCGGCCUUUUAAGCGGAUUUCAGCGCUUCUCAAAACAAGACCUUGGCAAAUGAAUUUAUUCAGUUGAGAGCAACUGUUUAUCCGCCGUGAGUGUCCUAGCUUCCUUUUCUUUUGUUAUUUAUUUUUCACUUUUGUUUUUUUGAAAAAAUUCAGCAUUCA